AUGUGUGGUAUCGGCUUCUUGUUGGGGGCUGGUCCACCGGAGCAGUCCGAGCUGGAGAGCUAUAUCGGUGCGCUUCGAAGGCGUGGCCCCGAUGCCGACAAGCAAACUACCAUCGAUUUGGAGGGAGGAUGGACGCUGCACUUGAUGGCGGCAGUACUGCACCUUCGCGGCGAUGAGUUGUGCGCGCAGCCAGCAGAGGACGCUCACGGGAACGUCCUGCUUUGGAACGGCGAGGCACGAGCGUGGCGUGUGGUAUUUGACGGCCUCGACGUCGGACCUGGCGAGUCUGACACGGCCGCCGUCCUCCGAACCCUGUCUAGCACAUGCAACCACCAUGAGGUGGCGGCCGCACUCGGCGGCAUUUCUGGGCCUUUCUCGUUCGUGUACUGGUGCCCGGGAAGGCGGGCGUUGUACUACGGGAGGGAUCCCGCCGGCCGGCGUAGUCUUGUCUUGCGGAGACCUAGAUCCUCCGGAGAGAAGAUCGUGGUCCUGUCCUGCCUACCCAAAAAGAAAUCCACGGAACCCCCCGGAAUAUGUUCCCCGGUCAACCCUACAGUCUCGGCGACCCCAGCCCACCACCACGCUAGUGCUGAAGAUGACGAGCGUCCGCCUGAAUUUGACGAUCGUCAGCCUCCAGCGACGGUGAUCGACGCUGAUGAUACGGCGGGUGUUGUUGCUGUUGGCCGUCGGCCUCCGGCGACGGCGAUAGAAGCGGAGGAUGCGGGUGCUGUUGUCGUUGCUGCCGAGAGCGACUGGGAGGAGGUCCGUGCCGACGGUAUCUACGUCCUUUCCUCGGACGGCACCUCCGCCACCACAAGCGAUGGUGGGGCCCGUGUCGACGGGAACGGUUGGACGGCUCCCCGCCCGCAGCUCUACCGUUGGUCGGUGCGACCGGGGAGCGGUCUCUCGGAAGCGAGCCUCGGGUUGACGCCGCCAGGCCAGAGGCAACGGAUCACGGGGGGCGACGACGUUGGGGUCAGCGCGGGGGAUGAGGGGAGCAAGGUCGAGGCGGUGAGCAACGAGAGAGAGGAAGGAGGCCGGCGGCUUGGCACCUGGGGCAGUGACGACGGGGGAGGCUCCGCGGCAUCGGCGGCGGCGGCGGCGGGUUUACUGGAGAGGCUCAGGGGCUCGAUCCGACGCCGCGUGUGCACGAUCCCGCACCCGGCGUCCCGCCGCUUCAACCGGCGCCGUCGAGCUGCUAGCGGCGACGGCGGCAGAGAGGAAGCCAAGCCGCAAGGAUUUCGAGGAUGCGCAGAGUCGGAGAAGCCCGGGCGGGGCAACGGGCUGGGGGACGCCCUCCGCGCAGAGGAUGCUGCCGCUUGUGCGGCCGAUACCCGCCCCCAGCGGGUGUGGCAUGACGGCGCUGCGGGUGGUGCCGCUGCUACGGCUUCACGGGGAAGCCCUCCCGCAGCCGCCGCCGCAGCAGCAGCGGCACGGGUGGGGAUUUUGUUCUCUGGAGGGCUCGACUCGGUCGUCCUUGCGGCGUUGCUGGCGGAGGAGGGGGCCCAAGGGAGAGGACCGGCUGUGCCGAAGGGUGAACCCAUCGACCUAAUCAACGUCUGUUUCGACAGCCCAAGCGGGCACCAGAGCCCGGAUCGCCUGGCCUCGUUCGCCGCAGCCGGAGAGUUGAAGCGGCUCUUCCCCUCUCACGCGUGGAGACUCGUUUGCGUGGACGCGAGCUACGGGGACGUCCUGGGGCGGACGGAGGCGGUUUGGCGGGUCAUGCAGCCGUGUAGCACGACGAUGGACUUUAACAUCGCGGCCGCCUUCUGGUUUGCGUCUCGUGGGGAAGGGUGGCUCUACCAGCCCCUCGUCCAGCCGCCGUCGACACCGCCCCCCUCUCUCGAUUCUGGUGUUAACGCCGGAGCAGACGGUGAAGCACCCGGGCCAGCUGCUGCGCUUAAGGUGGUCCCCAAGGUAGGCGGCGGCGGCGGCGGCGGUGCCAUCUGUGGAACCCCCGGGGAUUCGCCGCCUUUGGCAGCGGUGGUGGGGGUGUUUAGGGGCCCCGCAGCCGCGGACGGGGUGUCACGCGUGGAGCGGCCGUCCCCCGUCACCGCUGCAAGCAGCACUGCCGCUCCCCCUGCUUCGGCUACUGAAGCUCCUCCUCCUGCUGCCGUAGCUGCUCCUGCUGCUGUUGCCGUUGCUUCUCCUCCUGGUGUUGCUACUGCCGCUUCCGCUGCUGCCGCUUCCUCCGGGGCGGGAACCGGCGUUAGCCAGAACGGCGGCGGCAGUAGCAGUAGCAGCAGCAGCAGCUGCUGCCCGAGAAGUAGAGCCACAGAGGCCAUGGCCUCGGGCAGCGCCAAGACCAAGGUCAACAAGAACGGGGACGAGCUGUGCCCCGUCGACGGCUGCCGGCGACUCCUCCUCCCGGGCUGCGUGCUGGGCACGUGCAGCCGGUGCUGCCUCAAGGCGCAGGGCCUCAUCGAAGCCGCCACCGCCGCAACCGCCGCCGCCGCCGCUGCGUCGGCCCCCCGGCGGCCGGUCCCGCCCCUCGAGAGGGCACGAGGCCUUCCUGGAACUCCCAUCGGUCGCGCGGCGGCGGCUGCGGCUACGGCGGAGACAAUCCCGCCAGACACGGCGACCGAGCGAAAGGAGACGGCGACGGCGGCGGCGGCGGCGGCGGCGGCGGCGGCGGCGGCGGCGGGAGAGCCAAUGACCGCCAACGACCACGAAGGAGAGACGGCGACGGUGGCGGUGACGGCUGCGGCAGCGGUGGUGGCAACGGCGGCGGUAGCAACGGCUGCGACCACGCCAGCGGAAGCGCUCCCUCCCUCCGAGGGGGUGGACGCGACGACAAGCGCCGCCGAGCGGCAACGCCUGUUCAAGGCCCACGCGGAGGAGGAGGCGCGGCGGGCGCUCGAGGGCCACCUGCUGGAGCGCUUCGACGAGGACCUGUCGGCGCCAUUUCGGGCGGAGGAGCUCGCGGCGCUGCUGCUGUUGUCACCGCCGCUUCGACGAGAGAACAACUCGGGUCCUUCCCAGGCGGAGGUAUGCAUACCGUCCCACGAUCAACGCCGUCUCGAUCCGGACGCCGGGGCAAGACAGGGGCGGCAGCGGCCGGUCAGGUGGUGCCCCGUUCACAGGCGAUUUCGUAGGAAAGGGGAAGAGCGAGGGGAGAGAGAGACGGAAGCAGCUGCGGGGGAGCCGCGGCCGGGAACGUCGGCGACCAGGGUUACCUCUGCCGCGAGGGUUCUCCUGGUGGGCAUCGGGGCCGACGAGUUCAUGGGCGGUUACAGCCGACAUCGCAACGCCUUCAACAGGGGGGGUAGGUCAUACGCCCCUCUGGCAAAGUAGGAAGGAACGAUU